GUUGCUGAUGCUGUUGCCCGGCGCCUGUAUCUGUGCAGCCAGACAGGGGUAACCGUAGUCACAGGUCCACCAUCAGCAGCAGACACGACAGGGACAGAGGGGGGAGUGAGAAGGAUCUUCAGAAUCCCUGAAGAGUUAUAUACCCAGUGAGAAGAUGACUCUGGCAGCCUACAAAGAGAAGGUCAAAGAGCUCCCCCUGGUGUCUCUGUUCUGCACCUGCUUCAACCCACAGACUGCAGACAAAACUACGUACAAGGCAGAAGAUGCUGUGGACCUGGGUUGGUGCGUCAUCAAAGAUGUGGAGGUGAUUGAGCUGAAUAAGAGAGCAUCAGGACAGGCCUUCGAGGUCAUUCUCAAGCCACCGUCCUUUGAUGGCGUGCCAGAGCUCAACACCUCCAUGCCGCAGCGCCGUGACCCAUCCCUGGAAGAGAUCCAGAAGAAACUGGAGGCUGCCGAGGAGCGGCGAAAGUGCCAGGAGGCCGAGCUGUUGAAGCACCUAGCAGAGAAGAGGGAGCAUGAGCGGGAGGUGAUCCAGAAGGCCUUUGAGGAGAACAACAACUUCAUCAAGAAUGCAAAGGAGAAGCUGGAGCAGAAGAUGGAGGCCAACAAGGAGAACAGGGAAGCCCUGCUGGCUGCCAUGUUGGAGAGGCUGCAGGAGAAGGACAAACAUGCAGAAGAAGUGAGGAAGAACAAGGAGCUGAAGGAGGAAGCCUGUCGGUAGAUGAGUGGAGCCAUGGAACCAAGAGAGAAAGAGCAGGACUGGUGGUUUUUUUGAGUUGGUAAAAAAAACAAAACAAAACAAAACAAAAUCAAACAAUGCAGGAAAGGGGGAAAAAAGAACUCAAAAACAACUUGAACAAAGGGAGUUUUCAUAUUUGAUGUAUGUUGUAACAAUCCUGAACAAGCUGUACAAAGUUUAACCAGCUCUUGAUGUUGAAAUUCAAAAAUCAUUCAGUUUUUUCUAUAUGAAAGUAGGACGUAAAACUGUAAAGUACAGCUCUCUCAUUUCUGCAGGUACUUCUGUCAGAAAGCAAGAAAGUAUAAUUGCUGGGAUUAAUGCUUUGUAUCAGCAAUGGUCCUACCAAUUUGUUACACAGCCAAUCAAACAGUUUCUGUACAAUUAAACUGGAACAAUGAAGAAGGGAAAUUGUAAAUUGCUACCUAGUGAAAAGAUGAAAAUAUGAUGUGUUUGAGUAAAACUGGACCCACACAUGCAGUUAUAGAGCUUGUGUCAGUCACAAAACAAUACAAGUCAAAGCCAAGAGGCUUCUUCAGAGUGCUUACCAGUCAAUGCACAUAAAAAGGACGGAACACGCUUCUGCUGUUUCUGAAUUAUAAAUAAAAACUGAUUUCCUUUUGUCCGCCGCUCUCAUGCUAAUUAUUCGCUUCACCACUUUUGGGAUUGUUGGGUCUGUUUGUAUCUGUGUGCUAAACUUGGUGAGCCUCACUCUGAAUGUAAAAU